GUCCUAACUGAAUGCACUGUUUAUUGUGACUGGAUGUAGCAUGCUAGCGUCAGUCAAGGUGUGGCAUGGCUCAUAGCUCGUUGGAGAUACCCAAGUCAGCAUCUUUAUGCCUUGCAGCUGAUGAUGUCUCAUGUAGCCGGCUGUGUUAAUCUUCACUGCCAUGGAGUCAGCCGGUGUGGUGGGGAAUGAGCUGCUGAGCGAAGCCGACAUCCUGGAAUGCAUCUCCCCGGAGCCGGCUCAGCCGCCCCCGCAGCAGCCCCAGGCUGGGAAACUGAGGAAGACCGCCUUCAAGUUCUUCAGCAGCCGCAAGAGCAUCUGCGUGCUGCCCAGCUUCUUCGGCGGCCUCGGCAAAGGCCAGGGCAAAGGCUCCUCCAAGACCGGCGUCACCAAGAGCAGGACACACGACGGCGUGAGCAGAGGAUGCUGGGACGACGGCGUCAGGGGAGGUGGCGGCGACGUGGCGGCGGGGGACUUUGAGUUCCGCACGCCACGAGACCUGGGGGGACUGGCGGGUAACGACUCGCAGAAGGGGGCGGCUGACGCGGCUUCCAAGUCCCAGUUCUGGCAGCGGCGGGGCUUGCGCGGUCUGUUCAGCAGCAUCAGGAGACACAGGCGGAGCAAGAAUGUGGAGCUGGAGAAGAUCACCAGCCUGGAGAUGUUGCCCAGUUCCUUUAACGUGCCUGACGGAGGUGCCCAGAACAUGGCUGUUGCUGGCCAUCACAACAGCAGUAGUGGCAGAAGCAGCAGCAGCGACUGCCUCGGCCUUGGUGGUGGAGUGUCGGAACCGGUUGUGCCUGACUCGGACUCAGCUGGCGGCAGGGAACGAGUACCAGCGUCCGUUACUGCCGCCGAAUGUAUGACAGCUGACGUGCUAGUGCCUGAAAGUUGGAGGAGGGGGAUUGAGGGAACCCCCGAGAAAGGAGAAGAGGGAGAGGAGAGGAGCCAUGCAGAGGAGGAGGUAGCUGGUGGAGCUGCGGUCGUCUCGAGGGGCGCUCCACCGGGCACCUCUCGACAACCUCUGUGUGCCGACUCCGAGCUGGUGCGGCUAGCCGAACAAAACCCAGACGUGGCGGACCCCGACCUACCCGCUGCGUCCUCCGCCUCGGAAAACGCCAGCCUGGUGUUCGGCGACGUCUCGUCCCUCAAGAGCUUCGACUCGCUGACGGGGUGCGGUGACAUCAUCGCCGACCAGGAUGAUGACAGUGUGGCCGAGAGCUCCGUGUCUGGUGCGGGCACGGGCACGGAACGAGAACGCAGUGAACGUGGCAGCCGCAACGGUGGCAAGCGCAGCUCAUGCUUUGUGACAUACCAGGGCGGCGGCGAGGAGAUGGCCACUCCGGAAGGGGUGGAUGACGAGGACGGCGACGAUUACCUGCAGAGCCUCUGGGAGAGCGAGUCCAGCAACGAGGUCUGCUACGUCCCCAUCCAGCAGACCACGUCGUCCGACAGCCUGCCCAUCACUCCGGACCAGCCCAUCAGCUUGCUCAACACCAUCACCAUCACCACCAGCUCCAGCAGCAGCAGCGGCGGCACCACCAUCAGCAGCAGCAGUCCGUUGGGGGUACUCGAGACGGUCCUGAGCCCCGGAGAGCUGAUCACCCCGCAGAGCGACCGGCAGGAGUCGGCACCCAACAGCGACGAGGGCUAUUACGACUCCACCACGCCCGGGGCUGACGAGGACGCGGCGCGGGAGAGACCCAGGCCCGAGCGACUCCCGCGCGACAGCUACAGCGGGGACGCCCUGUAUGAGCUCUUUGAGCCCGACGAGCGUCUGUUGAGCCCGGCGAUGCCUGACGACGCCUUCCUGGGGCUCCAAGUGCCGGGGGGCAGUGCCGAGGGCAAAGCAGGGAGUCCCGUUUACUCCGUGGCGACGGGCGCUAUGGAGACGACGGGAGCCAUGGAGACGGAGGAGGACCGGCUGAGCAAGAUCCAGCAGGCGCUCCUGUGCUGCGAGCUGCAGAGCCUCCGCAAGACAGCCAAGGAGUCAGCAUCGUCGUCGUCAUCGUCUGCCUUUAACCGAGGGCCCUACUGCCCCGACUCGGAGCUCCCUCUGAUGGCCAAGAAGCACCCAGACGAGCCCCUGAGCCCACGAAGAACCAGGAUGGCCCCUGGGCACCUUUCCUUAGAAGACACCAGUCCUCUUUGUGACACCGGCCUGGGUGCCCAAUCUCCAGACAAUCCCCUGUACUCCCAGAUCCCCAGCCCGAUGCAGGACGAGUCUGCGGCUGGACCCUACCUGCAGCGCGACCAACACCAACUCCACCAACACGGCAUGCUACCGUCCAGCCACGACCCCCACCCUCACAGCCACCACCACGGCGGACCCCACUCGCAGCCCGUCUGCAGCGGAGGAGGCAGCAAGUCGGCCAGCCAGUCGCAGGAGGAGCUGACGGUCUGCUUCUCGCAGGCGCUGGUGGACUUCACCAACCGCUCGCAGCACCACCAGCACCACCGCGUCUUCUGCAACUCCACCGAGAGCCUGGACCUGGACGGCUGCUCCGAGUCGGGCUCGCCGUUCGGCCAGACGCUGCGCGGCCUGCCGGCCAUGGUCACCUUCGACGUGGUGGACAUGGACAACGAGGGCGAGUUCGAGCAGCAGACGGAGCUGGAGCUGGGGGAGGGCGAGGCCGAGGAGGAGCUGGCCGCGGCGGUGUCUCCGUUCGGCGGCGAGGCGUUUGGUUGCGAGGCCUUCGGCGAGGACGAGAGCUGCUACCUCCGCAAGGACGCCUUCGCUGAGUGCGACGAGCGGAUGUUUGACGCCUACGAGCAGAGCUUGCUGCUGGGCGGCGCCUGGGGCAUCACCAGCCUGCCCAGGCACCUCAGCUCGGGACGGGCGUCCUCGUCCUCCCGCCAGCAGCCCGCGCCUGCUGCGCUGGCCCUCAACCGACGCAGCCGCUCGCUCGACACCGACAGCCUGGAGCUGUGCUUGAGCGAGGCGGCCGGGGGCGAAGUCCUGUACGAGCCUGUGAUGGCAGCGGGGUCGCUACAUCGAAGGAAGAACGGCCACCACCACCACGCCACGGCCUCUGCCAGGCCUGUGGUAAGGGACGGCUGGAGGCACGGCGCGGGUUCGGGUCACGAGGAGCGGCUGCCAGUUCCAAACUCAUCCCCGCUCUGCCAGAAGAAGUCUUCCAUGAGUGGCCCAGUUGUUGCUGCUGCAGACGCGUGUCCAGCCAGUAAGCAACAAGCUCCGCACACUGUCAUCAGGCCCUCCAACCUGCCUCUGCAGCCGGGCUCCAACUACUGUGGCCCGGGGCAGGGCCAGAGCCGGGGUCGUGACCUGACAACACGGUCCGCUGCACGAGGGGCAGUCGCCGGGGGCAACAACAACAACAGCAGUGCGUUUCUGGGAUCUGGCAGUCAGGCGUCAGGACAGAGUGGGAACAACAACAUGGACGUUUUCUACCACUGCGGCUUCGCGGAGGCCGGUCAGCCAGCGGGGCAGCAGGGUAAAGCUCGGCCCGUUGGGGUGACGCAGGGGGUCCCCCACCUGUGCUCUGGGCCUGGAGGGGGGCCGGGCGGCCCCUGGGCCAGACAGGACAAGGAGAGAGACGUCAGGGGUAGGAGCGUGAGGAAGGGGGUGGAGGUGGGGUAUGGUGGGUCGUCUGGCCAGACCAAGCGCAACACAUGAAGCAAUGCACCCGCCAGAUCCUCUCCCUUUCUCCAGCAACGUGCAAUCGGCAGGUGGAGAUCCCAGCUGGGCUUCUCCUCAGCACUAGUCGUCACUUCCAAUACCAAAUCAGGGGUGCAUUUCUCGAAACCAUAGUUGCUAACUACGUUAGCUACUUUGUUGUUUGCCAUGCAAUUUCCCAUUGGCAACUACACAAGUUGCUUACAGGCUAAUAACUACGUUUUCAAUAAACGCACCCCUGCUCUCAUUCACCACCUCUCUCUUCUCUGCUUUCACUGCCUUCGUUUCUCAUUCUCUUUAUCUUUCUCUGUCUCUCUCUCACACUUUCCUUUCUCAUUCCUCUCUCUCCCUUGCUACACUAUCUCAUACACUCUCUCAAUCUUACACCCCUUUCUCUCUCUCUCUCUCUCUCUCUCUCUCUCUCUCUCUCUCUCUCUCUCUCUCUCUCUCUCUCUCUCUCUCUCUCUGUCUUAAUCAUGUACACAGUACACUCAUGCCACAUCAUUUUGCCUUGUCCAGUUUCAAUCUGUAUAACUAUGUUUUACUGAACUCUGUUGCUGAUGAAUAAGCUCCUUCACAAUUCCCAUACAUUUGUUUUCUAACGUGUUUUGUUGUUUUUGAUGGCACACAACACAAUACUUUUGUGAAAUGAUGUUAUCUAUGUAGCGAUUUUAUGAUAAGGUCAACCGCUCAUAGCUUUUUGCUAAAAAAAGAAAUACAAAUGGGCCGUGUUUAACUUAUUGCAAUGAUAAAUUGUUUGUGAACAACAGAGUAUGAGUGACACAGUUUAGGUGCUAGCACUUGAAAUUCAACACAUGCCAUCACAGUGCAUUUGAAGUGUCAAAAAAGUAUAUUUUUACACAUCAUUUGUGAAUGUUAUUUUUUAAUGUAUUUUCUUUCUCUUUUUUUUUCUCCUGUAUUUUCAGAUAUUUUAAUGUUACACUACCAGUGUUAGUGUUUACACUUUUUUCCUACUUGUGACAAAUUCAAUCUUCAUUCGUACUUGUUUUUUUUAUUAUCGAUUGUCCUUUUGUUGGUUGAAUAUUUUUUUGUAAACGUGCAAGUCACAGAUGCACACAGUAGUGCUGGAUACUCUUGGAAAAAAAUGGUUCUCUCACUCCGACAUCUUUCAAAAUAGAUGGGGUUUGUUACACACACACAGGUCAAUUUAGUAUUCUCUCUACGAAGUUACUCUUGUGUGGAGAAGUGAGCCAUCACCUGCCAACACCAAGCGCUGGCAUAAUCCGUCAUUGACUUUAGACUCUCCUGCCCAAAAGCUGUUUUCUUCUUGAGCAAUUUAAAACUGGAUCAGGUGCAUUGAUCUCACACACCUCUCUCGCCUGCUUUGAAGUUAGGAAGUGAAAGCUAUUCUAGAAACUACAUGAUGGUGUUGUGGUGGGACAAUGUUCAAUCAGUAUGUUGUUACCAGUUGUCGAAAAUGUUUCAAAGUACCGAAUAGGUUACCUCAACUAGUAUCGUUAGGAGAAAAGCAGUGACUGAAAAUACUAUACGUAGCCUACUUAGUGUACCCACAGCUUAGAUAUAUGUAUCUGUAUCUACGACUGAAGAUUUUAAAGCUUUUUUGCAUCGCUGCCCUGUUCCUCCACAUGUAUUGUGAGUUGAACGUUAAUGGACCUAGCCAGUGAGUGAGUGGGCAUUUUCGAAUGUAAAUCACUGCCGUGUAAUACACUAAAUGAUGUAGCCUAGCACCAUCACCUAAAAGCAUGGCACACGUAGGCCUACAGUACAUCUGCCUCAUGGACAAACGCGAGUAGCACAUCACUACACAAAUGUAUAUUGUUUUUUUUUGUUCUUCACUUUGUUCUCAUGCUUUAUAUGAUUGUGCUCUGCUGUGUCGGCAGAAGGAUCUUAUAUUUGUUAGUCAGUGAAGUCGGACACCAAAGUCGAUUCCUGUGCUCUUAAUGUAUCCGCUGUCUUGUCUCCAGUGCUGGAGAAAAUUGAGGGAUGGCGAGAGUGUGUGUGAAUGUGUGGAGGGGGGAAAAGGACAAAAACUAUCCUGUUUCCCGUGACUAAAUUGGUUUUUAAAGUUGUGUCCUGGAGUUUUGUGUUGAUGCAUUGUUGGAUCUAAUGGUUUUGAAUGUGCACAUGACAUUCUUCACUCUGCCAUUCUGCCCCAAGCCCAGACAGAAAAGAAAGUAGUUUUGUACCCAUGUAUUUAUGUAUGUAUAAAAACACAGGCAAUGAAUGUUGCAGUAUCUUUUGUGCAGAGCAUUUUUAAAUGUCCCUACUGCCUUUCACCAUGUCGUUCCUGCCACUGGCAGGACAACCACACUCAAUUAGAAGAGAACUCGACAUCACCUUUGGUGCUUUAGUGGAAACUCAGAAUGAAACACUCUUUGCAGCCCCCCCCCCCCAUUCUGCUGAAAAUAAACAC